AUGGCUAAGAAAGGGCCUUACAUUCCUCCUGCUCCAAAGGAAAUACAAAAGAGGUACUGGGCGUUCUUUGCGUUAUUUGGUGGAUUGUACACGACAAUUGUUAUGUCUGUUCCAUUUUACAGAAAGUAUGUCUUAGGAGAAGAUGAAUAUGGUAUACGAAGAGGGGAGAUUUUGCCUAAUGGUCAGAUAAGGAUCUUUUCUGAAUAUGAGAUCCAAGAAAGAGAGAGAGAAAGAAAACAAAAAAGCUGGCUCUACCAGCUUUUUGGAAAUAACGAUAAAUGA